CAACCACGGAGGCGUGACCAAGCAUCGCAACGCCACCAACGCGCCGCAGGAUUUGGUAGCGGGAGAGGAAGGGGAAAACGCAUCCAUGGAGUUCACCGGCGCUGCUGCCCUCCGGCGGUCGCUCCCCGCGGCAUGCCCGGCGGUGUUCUCGAGGGAGAGGAGGAAUCGGGGGAUGCCGGGCAGGGUCUCCUGCGUCGGCCGCGGCGGAGGCGUGGGAUUCGCCGACGAGGGACACCUCAGGUACUACGAGGCGGCGCCGCGGAAGGCGGUGGAGGCGGCCGCGAGGGACCUCACCAAGCUCCGGGCCAUGGGCCUCGUCGCUGGGGACCCCUCCAAGGAGAAGAUCCUCUCGGAAGCUACCGAGCUGCUACUGCUGGAAUUGAACCAGAUGAAGGAUGCGGAGGACGACCUGAAGAAGAGGGAAAAAGAGGAGAAAGCUGCUAUGAAAGCACUGAAGAAGCAGCAGAAGGAAGCGAAGAAGGCUGCAGCUGUGAUGACCUGUGGAGAUGGCUCCUCGGAAUCAAGUGAGAGCGAGUGUGAGGAGGAGCAAUCCACGGAAAUGAGCUGUGUAGCCACCAAGUCGAUGCCUGGAAUUGCGCAGGGGAUGGUGUUGCCAAUGUCAGUACCCCAAAUCACUGCAUCUGAAAUUGGAACAAUCCCGGCAAUAGAGUUUGACAAGGCUGCGAUGAAGGCCAUGAGAAAGAUGGAGAAGGAACAAAAGAAAGCUGCAAAGAAGGCCAUGAAGAUGAAAAAGGAGGAAGAGAAGAGGAUGGCCAAACUGAAUUCCUGCAAGGGCGAUGACAGCUCCUCGUGCUCAUCGGAAUCCAGCGACAGCGAAUGCGAAGGAGAAGUCGUCAGAAUGAGCCGCUGCGCCACCAUCACGGCACCUCGAACACCUCCUGCAACCACAGUUUUCCCCAUCAUAGUGCCUCAAAUCCCAGAUUCCGCCGCACUGGGUGCACAGAUCUCUUCUGGGCCAACAACUGCCAUUCAGUGCACUGCUACCAGCAUCGCAGUUGUCGAGAAACCAGCGUUGAACAGAAUCGAGGUCUGCAUGGGUGGCAAAUGCAAGAAGUCAGGCUCGCUCACCGUACUGCAGGAGUUCGAGAAGCAGGUUGGCACGGGCGGCGCGGUGGUCGGAUGCAAGUGCUUGGGGAAGUGCGGGGUAGGCCCGAACGUGCGGCUGCGGAGCGAGGUCCCGGAAGAAGGCUCCCUACAGAAUAAGAGUACCCUCUGCAUUGGUGUAGGCUUGGAAGAUGUUGGCACCAUCGUGGCAGGCUUCUUCGGAGACGACAGCGAUCUGCUGGGCAUGAACUGAUGAUGGUCACGUGGACAGACCUGGUGCGCAUGAACUGACGAUGGUCACGUGGACAGACCUGGUUGAAGAUGUAUUUUACAAACUUUGUCCUGGUACUGCUUACUGCCCAACUAUAGUCUAUACAUCUGUAGAUAACCAAACCUUGAUGAGCUGUUGUAUUCCACUGAGCCUACUGUAGGAUGUAAUGUAUGUUACGUAACGAAGAGUCUGGCUCUCCGUGUUUUCAA